GCAGCAGUCUAGAUCUAUCAACUGCAGAGCUGCUGUGGUUAUAGUGAGUCUUCCUGAUCCGAGGCAGCAGCUGCUGUAUAUCUCACUGCCAGCCUGCUGAAAACUCACAGCAGCAGCAGAGCCCACAUCCCAGCAGUCUCCUCUCGUACAGCCUUACACCAUCGAUGGCGUCUGCUGCUGAUCUGAGAGAGGAGCUGGACUGUUCCAUCUGCCUGAGCAUUUAUACUGAUCCUGUAAACCUGAGAUGUGGCCACAACUUCUGCAGGGUCUGUAUUGAUCGUGUGUUGGAUACACAGGAGGAGGCUGGAGCUUAUACCUGUCCUGACUGCAGAGCAGAGUGUGAGGAGCGUCCUGCACUGCAGAGGAACAUAACGCUGUGUAACAUAGUGGGGAGUUUCCUAUCUACUCGGUCAGAUCAGGAGGAGACUGGGAUCUUCUGCACUUACUGUAUUCACUCUCCUGUACCUGCUGCUAAAUCCUGUCUGCUGUGUGAGGCUUCUCUGUGUGAUAAUCACCUGAGAGUACACAGCAAGUCAGCAGAACACGCCUUAUGUGAUGUCACCACUGCCCUGGGGAACAGGAAAUGCUCCGUCCAUAAGAAGAUCCUGGAGUAUUACUGCACUGAGGAUGCUGCCUGUAUCUGUGUGUCAUGCUGUCUGAUCGGGAAACACAGAGGACACCAGGUGGAGUCAUUAGAUGAGGCCUUUAAGAAGAAGAAAGAGAAAUGGAGAAACAUUCUGCAGAAACUGACCACAAAGAGAGCAGAGACUGAGAAAAGAGUCCAGAGACUGCAGGAGCGCAGGAGAAAAGAUCAGCGAAAAGCAGCGCGUGUAACAGAGAGAGUCACUGCCCUGUUUAGAGACAUCAGGAGACAGCUGGAGGACCUGGAGAAGAGAGUCCUGAGUGAGAUCUCCAGGCAGGAACAGCGCGUUUCACUCUCAGUCUCUGAUCUGAUCCAGCAGCUGGAAAUAAAGAAGGACGAGCUGUCCGGGAAGAUGCGUCACAUUGAGGAGUUGUGUAACAUGUCUGAUCCAGUGACUGUCUUACAGGAACCAGACACAGGGGACUUGUGUGAUACUGAGGACACAGAGAGACAUGAUAUCCAGGUACAUGAUGAAGGAGAUCUGGAUGCGGGUCUCAUCUCAGGGACAUUACACACAUUAUCUGAUAUAAUAACAUAUAUAGAUACAGGGAUUUAUGUGCAGGAAGCUACAGACCUAUUACUGGAUGUAACCACAGCUGGUGAUUAUGUACAGAUAUCAGGUGACAGGAAAACUGCAUCCUGCUCACAUAGAAACCAGAAUCACCCAGUAACACCAGAGAGAUUUGAGGAUGAUCAGGUAAUAAGCACCAGGGGAUUCUCCUCAGGGCGACAUUACUGGGAGGUGGAUGUCAGUAAGUCAGAGGUGUGGAGGGUGGGGAUGUGUUAUCCCAGUAUAGACAGGAGAGGAUUGCAGUCAGUCAUUGGAUAUAAUAACAAGUCCUGGUGUCUGUGUAGGGAUAAUAAUCAGUACACAGUGAGACAUGACAGUAAAGAGAUCCAGUUACCUGGCAAUACCUGCUGUGACGUGGUGAGGGUAUAUCUGGAUCAUGAGGCAGGACAGCUGUCCUUUUAUUCUCUGUGUGACCCCAUUGGACACUUACACACUUACACUGCCGCCCUCACUGAGCCCCUCCAUGCUACAUUGUGGUUAGGGUGGGGAGUUGGUCGUAUAACUAUAUGUGGGAAUUCAUGAGCUAAAAUAAAUUGUCAUAAGAAA